GCCUAGCCGCAGCCUGCACCGCCGCCACCGCCCCUCUCUUCGCGACUCGCGCUCCACGCAGCAGGCACUGCCCACUAGCCCAGCAGCCCUCCAGCCAUGUCCACCCGGUCGGUCUCCUCGUCCUCUUACCGCAGGAUGUUCGGCGGCAGCAGCGCGGGCGGGCGGCCCAGCUCCAGCCGCAGCUACGUGACCUCGACCACCCGCUACAGCCUGGGCAGCGCCAUCCGGCCCAGCACCACCCGCAGCGUGUACUCGUCGUCCCCGGGCGCCUAUGCCACGCGCUCGUCCGCGGUGCGCCUGCGGAGCAGCGCCCCGAUCCCCGGGGUGAGGCUGCUGCAGGACUCGGUGGACUUCUCCCUGGCCGACGCCAUCAACACGGAGUUCAGGAACACCCGCACCAACGAGAAGGUGGAGCUGCAGGAGCUCAAUGACCGCUUCGCCAACUACAUCGACAAGGUGCGGUUCCUGGAGCAGCAGAACAAGAUCUUGCUGGCCGAGCUGGAGCAGCUCAAGGGCCAGGGCAAGUCGCGCCUGGGGGACCUGUACGAGGAGGAGAUGCGGGAGCUGCGCCGGCAGGUGGACCAGCUCACCAACGACAAAGCCCGGGUGGAGGUGGAACGGGACAACCUGGCGGAGGACAUCAUGCGGCUCCGCGAGAAGUUGCAAGAGGAGAUGAUGCAGAGGGAGGAAGCUGAGACCACCUUGCAAUCUUUCAGACAGGAUGUUGACAACGCUUCCUUAGCGCGUCUGGACCUGGAACGUAAAGUUGAAUCACUGCAAGAAGAGAUUGCUUUCUUGAAGAAACUUCACGAUGAGGAAAUCCAAGAACUGCAGGCCCAGAUUCAAGAACAACAUGUUCAGAUCGAAGUGGAUGUUGCCAAGCCCGACCUCACCGCAGCCCUGCGCGACGUCCGUCAGCAGUACGAAAGUGUGGCUGCUAAGAACCUUCAGGAGGCUGAGGAAUGGUACAAGUCCAAAUUUGCCGAUCUCUCUGAAGCUGCUAAUAGGAACAAUGAUGCCCUGCGCCAGGCUAAGCAAGAAUCUAAUGAAUACCGAAGACAGGUGCAGUCCCUCACCUGCGAAGUGGAUGCACUUAAAGGAACUAAUGAGUCCCUGGAACGCCAGAUGCGUGAAAUGGAGGAGAACUUUGCCGUUGAAGCUGCUAACUACCAAGACACUAUUGGCCGCCUGCAGGAUGAAAUCCAGAACAUGAAAGAAGAAAUGGCCCGUCACCUUCGUGAAUACCAGGACCUGCUCAAUGUCAAGAUGGCUCUUGACAUUGAGAUUGCUACCUACAGGAAACUGCUGGAGGGAGAGGAGAGCAGAAUUGCUCUGCCUCUUCCAAAUUUUUCUUCCCUGAAUCUGAGGGAAACCAACCUGGAGUCACAUCCUAUGGUCGACACCCAUUCCAAGAGAACACUCCUAAUUAAGACUGUAGAAACUAGAGAUGGACAGGUCAUCAAUGAAACUUCUCAACACCAUGAUGAUCUGGAAUGAAAAGUGUGAGCUGACUGCAGUAGAAUCUUACCAGCAAGAAGAAAAGAGAAUUCCAUAUGUUAAAGAAACAGCUUUUAAGUGCCUUUCUGCAGUUUUCCAAGAGCGCAAGAUAGAUUUGGUUAGCUAUAACAGAAUAGGCUUUAGUUCUUAUGAACUGACCCUCGUAAAAGAUUUAGAAAGUUUACAACAAAAUCUAGUUUACAAUGAUAUCUUGUGCUACAAUACUUUUUUAAGAAGUGUUUUUGAAUACCAUAAAACUGCUUUUUAUUUCCAGCCAGUGUCUGACCAACCUAUUACUGCUUCAAUAAAUCUUUGGAAAAUAUUA